AUGCUUGUGUCUACUUCAUAUGAUGGAACUUUAAAGAUCUGGGAUGUAGAAAAGCAUGAAGAAAUUCGUACCCUCAGUGGUCAUCAAGGCAAUAUCUAUAGUGUUGCUGCAAGUUUGAAGAGACUUCCUGUUGAAGUAAAGAACAUAUACUGAGAUGUAUGCAAAUGUUCAUAUCUUUAGAUACAAAAUAUAAAAAUUAUACCCUGAGGUUGAGUGCAUUCAGUUGACUUUAUAUGUGAGACGCCCCUAAGUAGAUUACAUAUUAAUUACAUCACAUACACAUUGUGUUACAAAAUGGCGGAUGGUCAUGCGAACAAGUGCCCCUUAAAUUCUGACUUCAAUUCUCAAGUUAAUAAUUUAAGGGAUGAAAAAAUGUAAAGAUGGGAACUGUGUUUUACCGCCGAAAAGUAAGUUACAAUUAACCUGGAAGGGUGAUUUUACCUCCUUAAAACAGUUUGUAUGUAACAUUAUAAAACUCCAAAGCAUUUGCAUGGAGUCAACCUGAUGGAGAUAAAAAAGUUUUCAGCGGUGAUUUGUUUAGCAUCACAUGGAGAAAAAGUAAAAAGAUCUUGAACUUUGAUGGUAAAGAAUCAAACAUGGUUAAAGGACAAUGGCAACGAAAAUUUUUAUUGGCUAUUUCAAUCCUACUUGACUUAUGAAAAUAUUAUCAUUUCCUUCUCGAACAUUUUAGUCUACGAGUAAAAUGCAUGCAAACUUUGUGUUUCGCCGCCAUCUUGGAAAAUUUUUUUGAAAUAUUAUCUCGAAGGUCAGUGAACUUUGUGACGUCAUUGGCUGAGUAGCACCAAAACAACAAGAGAGUCAAGAGAGAAUUCUAUUUUGUGCGUGUUAUGUUAGCUAAAAAUAUGUCGUUUUGAGCGUUAUACUGGCCAACACUCUUUGCAAUCAAACAAGAGAAGUCUACACUAUCAGACUACAAUUUACAAUACAGGUAAUUGAUCAUAAAAUACCGGGUGUCCCAAAAAAAAGUACUCCGGUUUGAUUUAUUAUAACUUCUAAACAAGUAAAGCUAUCAAACAGAAAUAACUUGCAUUAAAUAGAGGAAGGAUUAACUUAGAUUUUGAUAUAUUACAGUUGUAUUUUGCUUAGAAAUUCACGGAGAUAUUAAUGUUCAAAAUCAGGAGCAUAUUUUGGGAUGUGUCUAAAAUUAGCAAAAAUCGGCAUAUUAAAUAUUAACUCCAGCGUUUGUUCGCUUAGUGACAUAUCAGGCUAACUUGCUUUUCAGCGAAUUGUCGUUAGGGUUUGUGAUGGAUAUAUGGCGUAGAUUUAGAUAUCUUACAUGCAAGUUUUAGCUGAUUGUUCCCUGAAAUAUGAACGUUCGAAAUUAUGCAAGUAUUUAAUAGGUCUUUACAAACUUAUGCACCUAUCAAUGUUUUCCCCCUGAGGGGGGGGGGGUGCGGGCAACCCACGGGAAUUUUGACAUUUUUCAAAUUUUGUUGUCAAAAUCCCCACUGUUGGGCAAGGAAUGGCUGUCAAAAUUCCCCACUAUAUUCCUAAGAUAACAAGGCACACACAUGUUUUCCAAUGCGAACAUACAGUCUAUACUGGUUUAAACUUGGUAAAAAUUGAGACACUGUGUAUAAAAGGCUAUAAAAUACCUUUUUCGAUGAAACUUGAUCGUGCUUCUCCGCCAUACUUGUUACCAGGCCUUUCAAUGUCAAAACCGCGCAAACUUUCAAGAUGGCGGAUGUCAAAAUUUCCCGACUAUGGGGGUUGAUGCAUAGGUCAAAUUCCCCUCACUAGGGCUUCAUAGUGUGGUCAAAGUCCCCUGGGUCGCCCGCACCCCCCCUCAGGGGGAAAACAAUGAUAGGUGCAUUAAAGGCACAUGAAAGACCAUGCAAGACAGGCGCUUAAAUUUUUCUUAAAUAGGCUAAUUCUUUUUAUGUUUUUCAUGGGUUUAAAACAGAGUUGAUUAUAUUUCUCAGUUAGAGCAGGAUGAAUAUCAUUCUUUAAUGAAGGAAAUAAUAUUGCUUUUUGCAAAGACAUAUCACAGUAUCAAAGCUAUUUUGUUACGUUUUGUUCCAAAAAUGUUGGAUGUCUCUUGGGAGUUGCUUGUUUUGUCUUAUGCAGGAGUUGUAUAUAUGGUUUGAUUAUGUUUCAUUCUCAGUUUAUUCUGAACUUGCCAAGAUUAAGAAAAGGCAAAAGAGCCGGUUUGGGUGUUCUUAACAAGAUUUCAGAAUGUUGCAGAAGUUAGAAGAGCUUCGCAAUUCCAUUGUGACAGCAUGCCCUAAUUCAGAACUACGAACGAUCCAUGACGAUCCUUCGCGAUGCAGUGGUCUCAUGAAAUAAGGAAACGUAUUCGUGCUAGGAACACACGCGGAUUUCGGACGAAUAAAUCUUGCUUGUAUUUUGUAGAUAAUAAUACUUUGUUUCAUAAUAAACAAUUUGUCAUGUGUCAUUUAUUUACUGGUAUAAUAUUGCAUGUUAAGUUUUAGUCGGGCAAAUCUUGAUUAAUAUUUGAUACUCCGUUUUUUGCAUAUUUUAGAAACAUCCAGAAAUAUGCUCCCGAUUUUAAACAUUAAUAUCUCCAUGAAUUUUUCAAUCAAAUACAACUGUAAUAUAUGAAAAUCUAAGUUAACCCUUCCUCUAUUUGAUGCAAGUCAUUUCUCUUUAAAAGCUUUACUUGUUUGGAAGUUAUUACGAAUCAAACCGGAGUACUUUUUUUUGGGACACCCGGUAUUGCAUUAGUAUUUGCCUUGUUACACUCGAAUUUCCGCGCUUAUUUAACACAGAGUAGGAUAUAUACUAUGAGAAAUAGUGUUACAAACAAGUUACAUACUUGGUAAAACUUUUCUGCCUUCUGUUUUGGCUCAAAAUGCACUACGCAUGUAAUAUACGGUAUUGUUUAUAGUCAUGAGAUUGUGUUUACCCAGCCAAUGACAUCAAAUAAUGUAUUUUGUGGCAUAAAUUAGCAUACAUGCUUAUUUUCAAAAUGGCGGACACAACUGUUCAAAUUUUCUCAAAUUCAAGCAAAUUUUCUCAGCAACUAAAUGCGACAAACCGGCCAAAAUAUGUAAUUAAAUAUUCGGUAAGUAUACCUAAUAGAUAUAAGUAAUAAAAAUUUUGGUUGCCAAUGUCCUUUAAACGGUUGUUCUGUAUGGAAUUAUGUGACGCUUCAGAACUCUACACAAGUUGAUCAGAGAGACGAACCUGUCAAUAAAUGCAACGAUGCUGACUCUUGCAAAUGCAAUAGGCUGUCUGUGGAUAUCGAGGGAAUCCAGCUAGAGCAAGUAAUACUGCAAAGGGAUAUUAAGGUAAAUGACUGCGAUUUGGCAAAUCUCAAUGAUAUUGUGAGUGAAUUUAGGAGUGAAUUUCACGAUAUACAACAACGAUUAGAUAAACACGAUAAUAUGAAUUUAACUAUACUAGCUGAGUGCCGUGGGGGCUUGGGUUUACUGCAGCAUUGUUCAAACUGUACGGAGUUGAAUGGUAUUGACAAUUCAACCCAAACAAUAGAGAUGGAAACAAUAGAAAUUGAAUGUGUUAAAACCAAUCAACACACUACCCAUUGUCCAGAUACACUACCUGAUACAAUAAACGAUCAAAAUCUAAACAAUAGUGUACUUAUAAUGCAUAACACAACUCCCUUGACUUCAGAAAUAAACUAUGACAAUAUAAUGGAAAUAUAUCAACUCCAUAAAGAAUUAACUCCUGAGGCUACAUCAAUAGAUUACAUCAAUCGUGAACAGCAUAAUCUAACUCUGUUAAUCGAAACCCUAAUUUAA